AUGCUAGUACUUGAACAGUGCCUUGGGACUCAACCUAACGAUGAUGAAGCUUCUCAAGAUUCUAAAGCUACAGUCUUGCUUGCUAUGUCUGAUCUUUUAUACGAAAGUGGGAACAGUAGUGAGGCCAUUGAACGCCUCAAGCAAGUCAUGUCUCUCUCACUCUCUUCCUUGUCUAUUAGAGCUGUUGCUUUGGAAGCUCUUGUUGGUCUGCUGAUUCAGUCUGGACAGGAUGAUGCUUCUUUAAAUGUUGCUAAUGAAUUUCUGGAACUGGUUAAAGAGAGAGGCCAUGAUAAUCUUCAGGACGUGUCUGCCACAGCUAAAACUAUCAAAGGCCUCGCUGAGCUUGUGACAGGAAAUAUUGAAUCCGCCGAAUCUUUGUUUCGAGGUCUUGAGAACCAUGAGAUGUGCAGAGGUAACGUUGCACUUUCUUAUGGUGAAUUCUUGCACGCCGCUGGAAACUUUGAAAUGGCAAAGGAGAUGUAUCAAAAGGCAAUUCAAGGAGUGACAGAGACCAAAGAGUCCAUGUGUUCUUGUAACAUGAAUUUGAAGGCAGUCUCAUUAGCAGCCACUUUUGCACUUGGCCAGCUCGAGUCACACAUUGGAAACUUUGUUGAUGCGGAGGAAACACUGACAAGUGCAUUGACAAGUGUUGAGGAAUAUUACGGACACAACCAUCCCAAGGUUGGCAUGAUUCUAACUGGAAUAGCUCUCAUGUACCGGAACAAAGCAAAGCAAGAACGCUCGAGUUCUAUCAUGAUUCAAGAGGGGCUCUUUAGAAGAGCAUUGGAGCUCAUGAAAGCACCUCCAUUAGAUUCAGAAGGGAUAAUAAACAUGGAAACUCAGGAAGUAAUGGCUCUAGCAAGAGGUGGGAAAGAUACAACGCUUUGA